CCUACUUGGGAAUUGGAGGAGAGAAGGAACGAAGAGUUUGCGCAGUAGGAGGAAACCAAAUUGAGCUUUCCCCAAAGACAUGAAAUCUCUUUGCUCGAUUUCUACAGCUUCAUUGAUUCGUUCAUCUCCAUUUUUAUCUCUUUCUCGAACAAGCUCGAAUCGGUUUGCCCUCAAGAUUCCAGCUUCGCUCUACUUAUCCCAUCCAACAAGUUGCUGUUUUUCAAACCCUUCAAGUUCUCAGGAAUCAUUGGAUUCCUCCCAUGGUGGAAUGUCUAGGCCAUCGAUUAGUGUCUUUGCAGGCCAUUCGCUUAAUAACCUCAAGAUGCAAGUGGGCAGCCCUAUUUCUCUGCAUUCUAUGAAUCCAUUAGCCAAGCUGAGUCUGAGUGAUCAGGCGUUUCUUCUCUUGGCCUUCAUCACUUGCACGACUUCAGUGGCUUUUACAAGUCUUGUGAUUGCAGCCAUUCCUACACUUGUGGCCAUGGGUAGAGCUGCAACUUCCUUUGCGAAGUUAGCUGACACAGCUCGCAAAGAACUCCCUAGUACAUUGGCAGCCGUAAGGCUCUCCGGCAUGGAAAUAAGUGAUCUUACUCUUGAAUUGAGCGAUUUAAGCCAAGAUAUAGCUGAUGGGGUAAACAAAUCAGCUAAAGCGGUUCAAGCAGCUGAAGCUGGAAUCAAACAGAUUGGAACACUUGCACAACAACAAACUCUCUCAAUGAUUGAAGAGAGAGCAAAUUUACCAGAAAUAUCGCUGCAGCCUGUUGUGGCUGGUGCGGCCGAGAAGACUUCUCAAGCAAUCGGCAGUGCAACCAAGAGACUAAUGAACAUUAUAAGCGGCGGAGGCAAGGAUGAAGAUUCAUUAGACGUUUAGAAGCUUUUAAGUUGACUGUGUUUUGGUCCGUUUUUGUUUGAAAAGGUAAAGUCCAUUUAGGGAAACAUAGAAUCUAUGAACAAGUCUUUUUUGUAGCAUUUGGUAUAUUUGUGAAAUUCUGAUGUGUAAGACACAAAGAAGAAAUAACUGGUGAGUUUUACUUCA